CUUCAUUAAAACCUGGUCAAGGCUUCAUCACUUCUCCUGCCUGGCAUCCUCCUCUCAAACCUGCGCUCUGAACUUCUCACUCUCUCAUCAGCAGCACUUGUUAUUUGCCUGACCCCUGCAGUGCUUCAGCAACAGUCCUCCAAGCUGAUUCUUCUUAAAGAAAUAUGAAUAUACUGGGCAAGGUUGCGUUCUUGCUUUUGAUCGGUGGAAUCUGGUGUCAGAACAACCGCAACAAUGCUAAACCUAGUGGUAAGUCCCCCAAGAAGUCUGGUGGGAACCAAGGAGGUGAUGUUGGUCAGUCUCCCCCUGUGGUCAAUCUGACUCCUGGUAGCACUAGAGGCACUGGAAGCACUGGAGGCACUGGGAGUACUGGAAGCACUGGAAGUACUGGAGGCAGUGGAAGUACUGGAGGCAGUGGAGGUACUGGAGGCAGUGGAGGUACUGGAACUGCUGGAACUGCUGGAAGCACUAGAGGUACUGGAAGUACUGCAAGUGCUGGAAGUACUGGAAGUGCAGUAAGUACUAAAGGAGCUGGAAGUACUGGAAGCACUAGAGGUACUGGAAGUACUGGAACUGCAGUAAGCACUAAAGGAGCAGGAAGUACUGGAGGCACAGAUGAAGCCACACGUGAGGGUGUUGCAGGAGUUCGAGCUGCUGGACAACAGACAGCUGAUAUGAGAUUGCAAUUCCUCAAGAACACCCAAGUUACAUGCAAUGAUGGAUCCGCAGCUGGGUUUUACCUAAAGGAGUUCAGAGGAAGUCGCCGAUGGCUGAUAUUUCUGGAAGGUGGCUGGUGCUGCCACAGCAAAGAGACCUGUGAUUCCAGGUACCAAAAUAUACCCAGACUAAUGAGCUCAACGGGGUGGCCCCAAACAAAAAGAGGAACUGGAAUAUUGUCUUCUCAAGCAGAGGAAAACCCACACUGGAAUAAUGCAAACAUUGUAUUCAUCCCGUACUGUUCUAGUGAUGUAUGGAGUGGCAAUGGGCCUGCCCCAACUCCUCCUCCAAGGCAGCGACAAGGCAGAGAAAAGGAAAGAGAUAGAAAUACAAAUGCAACUGAGUACACCUUCAUGGGUUCCCUGAUUAUCCGCGAGGUCAUCAAAGACCUCAUCACCAAAGGAAUCAAACUGGCGAAGGUUGUCAUGCUGUCUGGCAUGAGUGCUGGUGGAACAGGUGUUUUGCUGAACAUUGAUAGGGUGGCCAGUCAGCUGGAGCUGCUCGGUGCAGAGGCUCAGGUCCGAGGCCUUGUGGACUCAGGAUGGUUUCUAGAAAGUAAACAGCAGAGAUCACCAAACUGCCCAGAAACUAUCUCCUGCUCACCUGAAGAUGCUAUCAAGAUAGGACUUCGACUUUGGAAUGGGGUUGUGCCUGACAGAUGUCUGCAGCUCUAUAAGAGAGGAGAGGAGUGGCAGUGCUUCUUUGGCCACAAACUGUACUCAACCUUGACCUCCCCUCUGUUUGUGAUGCAGUGGCUGUUUGAUGAGGAGCAGCUGAGAGUGGAAAACAUCUACAUGGGCGGUCAUAGUCUGUCAGAGGAGCAGUGGCAGUACAUACAGAAUUUAAGCAGGGAGCUUAAGAACUCACUUAGAGAGGUCACGGCAGUGUUUGCUCCGUCCUGCCUUUCCCACACAGCGAUCACCAAAAGCGACUGGAUGAGUUUCAAAGUUAAAGGCACCUCUUUACCAAGAGCCCUGCACUGCUGGGACAGGAGUCUGGAGGCAACCCGCAACAACAGAACCCCUUCCAAAGGCUGUCCAUUCCACCUGGUUGACAACUGCCAGAGGCCUCAGUGCAACCCCACCUGCCCAGCCUUGGUGGACCAGACCACCCAGCAGGAGCUCACCCUGUUCCAGAUGCUGGUUGCUAUGGGACUUGACCUCCAGAGGCUGGGCCUAGAUCCCCAGGGAGAUGCAGAUGCUCUGGCCAGCAUGGUCAGCAAUGGUGGCUAAGUGAUAGAGUGAUUCGCAGCUCAAGAGAAAGCCAAGCAAAGGCUUGAUGGAAGAAAGAAUGUGUUGAAAUGUUUAUGUAACCAUAGAAAUAGUACAGAAAUCUGGUUACUACGUUGUGCUGCUCAGCAUUCCAUUAUGCUUCAUGUGUUACUGAGUCUGAGUGGUUUGGCUGUCCCUCUACUGGACACAAGAGGAAAGAGCUUUGGGCCUGAAUCUGAGGCGUUUCAGUUGUAGUGGUUGAGUAGCUUUGAGUUUUAGCAGACGGUCGGACGUACUGCAUCACUCUACAUGAAAAUCUAACUUCAGAGCACAGCAGUAGAGUUGAAUACUUUUUAAUCUAAUAAAUGCUUUCACACAGUGUCAGAGACACAACCGUGUUGCUUUGACAGGACUCAUUAAAAACAUUUACAUACCAUAUACUAUAGUCAGGAUCAGCUUGAAAGAAAUAUGUAUUUAUUCUCUUUCAGUCUUGCUUUCAAUGCGAUAGCAAUUCUUCACACUUUCAGUAUUCUGAUUCUGAUUGUUAAAAUAUAAUACGAAAAUAGAAAAUAUUAUACAAUUCAGAAUCACAAAAAAACUGUACUCACGCAUUAUUUUUUGCAAACCCACUUCCAAAGAAACUCAUUCUGAUUUUUGUGACUUACUGUAGCCUUAGUCUCUAGCUCUUGAUGCUAUGCUAACUAUGCUAAAUAUAUAUAUAUCCACAUUUUAUGUCUGCUACUGGUUGACCAAUAGGGGUUUUUCAUUGGCCGAUGCUGAUGAAAAUAUUUAGAGAGCAGGCCAAUUAAUUGAAAACAGCAUUAAACUGCCUACCACUAGAGAAGAACUCUCUAAAAAACAACGUCAACGCUGUGGUUAUUCACCACUCAGUGGUCAGGAAAAUCUAUAAGAUUGACAUAAUACAGACUCUGUAUUGCAAAACAUUUAUUGUUGUUAACAUUUAAACUCAUUCUUCUUUUACAAUAUCAUGCAUGUGUUGCAAGCAAUGUAAAGAAGUAAAUGUAACUGUAUUUUUAACUUUUAUCUAGGACCUGUAAUAACUUUUUGGUAAUCACUUGGAUUUGACAAGAAUUGUACCCACUGGUAACAAAUAUUGCCAUGUUGUUUAUGUUAAAACAGGGAAUAAAGAUAAUGAAUUGUCUCUUAGAUCAGGGAAAACACUCUCGUGGGGUUAUCCAAUUCUGUUUGUGUAUUCUCUUAAUUGAAUGUAAUGCAUUCAUAAGAUAUGUGUAAAGGUGCACUGAGAAGAUGAAAAAUACCUGUUUUUUCAUAGCUUGUGUUGUUGUCAGUGGUCCUUCAUCUUGGCAUUUUAUGUUUGACCUUGAAUUCUUUGAUUCAAGUAUUCUAAGUGUGCCAUGAGAUAUGCAAAGUAUCUUCAAAGCUUUUAGAAAAUGAUCAUAUCCAAAUAAAUUGUCUUUUGUAACUCA